AUGAGGUACAAGGUUGCACGCUGGAAUCUAGGUUGCAUAUGGAUCUAUAUUAAGGGUUCCCAGUUGGUGGGAAUGAAAACUACAUUUGUUCUUUCGUUUUACAGAUGGAGAAUUGUAAUAUAUCUAAUUGUAUUAUGUUGUUUGUAUUUAUUCCUGUGGUGCCUUACACCUUCAGAAUUUGUCUCAGAGUUCGUAAAAACUGAUGAACCACAUGAAUGCGUUGUGGAUCGUCUAAAACCAUUUGAAAAGAGGAUACGCGAUUUAGAUGCAUUUCUAAUUCAACCAGAAAAUCCUCAAAGUGAUCUAACAUUUAUAGGAAAUGGUGUAAUUGGGUGUUCAUUUCAAGAAGAUGGAAUAGUGAUCUUUAAUAAUGGGUUUUUGUCUAAAACUCUUAAUAUACCAGUAUUGCUCACCCUAGAUGUUCAUGGAUAUGUCAAUUUCAAAGCUCUAUUGUUAGAUAUUCGAAAUGGAAUAAUGCACAAAAUGAGUUGCUUCAAGCAUGUAAAUGAAUUGUGCGUUUCAUCCGGGACAAUGGUUUACGCUCAUCGUCGUUAUUCAAGCCUACUGAUUCAAACAUUCAGAGUUUACAAUCCUAUGGACUGGGAUAAUACUGUAAAAAUUGAAAAGGGUAACCUAAAGAAUUGGACAGAACUUACAUCACUUCGACUUUUAAAACUUCAAAGAAAGAGUGAAAUAAAAAAUCAUGCCUCUGAAGAAGUAACUUAUCAAGUCGCCUGUGGCAUUGUACGAUUACCGUCUGUAGAAAAUAUUCAUACAAAUACUCAGGUACUAUUAGUUGUUGUCUACGAACCAGUUUUCCCUGAUAAUCUCACAGUUCCAUCUGGAUCGACACAGUCAUACACAUUUAUUACUGGUAUACAGAUAUCCAGUCAACCGAUCUCUGUAACUGAACAUGAUUUAGUUCAAUUCAAAUCAGAUCUUGGUCCACUUGCUAAAGAAAGAUCACGUUUAGAGGGAUUAGUUUUCACGGAAUUAACAUUUGCGCUACGUUAUCCCGAGAGUGAAUUACGCAAAGAACAUAUGGAUGCUUGGAAUCUAGACUGGGAUAAUACUGUAAAAAUUGAAAAGGGUAACCUAAAGAAUUGGACAGAACUUACAUCGCUUCGGCUUUUAAAACUUCAAAGAAAGAGUGAAAUAAAAAAUCAUGCUUCUGAAGAAGUAACUUAUCAAGUGGCCUGUGGCAUUGUACGAUUACCGUCUGUGGAAAAUAUUCAUACUAAUACUCAGGUAUUAUUAGUUGUUGUCUACGAACCAGUUUUCCCCGAUAAUCUCACAGUUCCGUCUGGAUCGACACAGUCAUACACAUUCAUUACUGGUAUACAGAUAUCCAGUCAACCGAUCUCUGUAACUGAACAUGAUUUAGUUCAAUUCAAAUCAGAUCUUGGUCCACUUGCUAAAGAAAGAUCACGUUUAGAGGGAUUAGUUUUCACGGAAUUAACAUUUGCACUACGUUAUCCUGAAAGUGAAUUACGCAAAGAACAUAUGGAUGCUUGGAAUCUAUUAUGGACAUCAGGUGUAACUAUCAGUCAUUCAUAUGCUCCUGGAGUUGUCAAUCCAAAAGCAAUCAAUACAACAUUAUAUUAUCUUGCGUCAAAUAGUCCAAAUAGUCUAUUGUCUUCUACACAAUCGUCAGGCAAUAAUUUCUCCGCCAUCGACUUAUAUAAACUACGACAUAAAGAUUAUGAUCAAUGUUUCCGUGGUACAUAUACUCUGUAA